AUGGCUAUGGCAGAGAAAACGUACCCACUCAUGUCCAGGCGACAGAUUGAGGGUCUGAUAGCUGAGGGCAAGUCCAUCUUUAUCCUGGAUCAAUACGUCCUCAGGGCCGAUCCAUGGCUUCCCUACCACCCUGGUGGUGACAAGGCCAUUCGUCACAUGGUAGGCCGAGACGCCACGGACGAGGUAACAAUAUUACAUUCCGCCGAAGCGAAAGCGCAGAUGAUGCGUUAUCGCAUUGGCAAAAUCCAAGGGCGCUGGGUCAAUUUCGUGCCACCUAUCCAGGGAGGCAAGUUCAGGCUACUAGCCGGGAACGACGACGAGGACGGCGACGACUCCAGCCAGUCCGGCCAAGAUGACUACAAUAAGAAUGUCCGGGGCUCAUCCACUGCAUCCCCGAUCACGUCGAGCCAGUCCAGCUCCCGUGGCCCUUCUCCCGUGUUUGACCAAGACGAAUCCGAGCUGCGAAACCGUGCCGGUCCCGGACGAUCCCAUCGCGCCGCGUCCGUGUCUUCCAUCUCGUCCACGGAGGAGGGCGCAAAGGGAGAGGAGAAGAAACAGCAGCAAGACGAUGGAAUGACAUAUCUAGACAUGCAGACUAAGCAGGCCGUCAGCCUCGAUCUCGACCGAUACCCAUCUCUAGACUCUUCCACCCAGGACAAUAUCGUGCAAAAGUAUCGGGCGCUCAAUCACAGAAUCAAGGCUGAAGGGUUGUAUCAAUGCAAUUAUUGGGCAUACGCUGUGGAGAUUUCUCGGUACAGUCUUCUGUUUAGCGGGAUGCUCCUCUUCCUGCACUGGGGCUGGUAUGUUACCAGUGCCGCGCUCCUUGGCGCAUUCUGGCAUCAGCUGGUCUUUUCUGCUCACGACGCCGGCCACAUGGGCAUCACACACAAUUUCCAGGUCGACACCGCCCUCGGCAUCGUCAUUGCCGACUUCCUCGGCGGCCUGUCCUUGGGCUGGUGGAAGCGCAGUCACAACGUGCAUCAUAUUGUCACCAACUCGCCCGAGCAUGAUCCAGACAUCGAACACAUGCCCUUCUUUGCCGUCUCUCAUCGACUCCUUGGGAGUCUGCGGUCGACGUACUAUGAUCGGGUCAUGGAGUACGAUGCCGCCGCCAAGUUUUUCAUUGGCAUUCAAAAGUACACGUACUAUAUCAUUCUCUUGUUUGGUCGAUUCAACCUCUACCGGCUGUCGUGGGAGUACAUCAUCCUCGGCCUAGGGCCCCGAAAGGGCCCGGCUCGGUGGCACAGAUGGCUUGAGCUUGCAGGCCAGAUCUUCUUCUGGACUUGGUUUGGCUACGGCAUUGUGUACAAGUCCAUCCCGACCGGGUGGGAUCGGUUUGUUUUCGUCAUGGUCAGCCACAUGGUGACCAUGCCUGUUCAUUUGCAGAUCACCUUGUCGCAUUUCGCCAUGAGCACCGCAGACUUAGGUCCUCACGAGUCGUUCCCACAAAAGAUGCUGCGAACAACAAUGGACGUCGACUGCCCGCAAUGGCUUGAUUUCUUCCAUGGUGGCCUCCAAUUCCAAGCCAUUCAUCACUUGUACCCGCGCAUCCCUCGCCACAACCUGCGUCGAACCCAAAAGCUCGUCCAGGAGUUCUGCGACGAGGUCGACAUACCAUAUGCCCUCUAUGGUUUCGUAGGCGGCAACCAACAAGUCAUUGGCCGGCUUGCCGAGGUCUCUCGGCAGGCAGCAAUCUUGGCCAAGUGUCAGGAGGUCCUGGCUCAAAGUGAUGAUCCGUUUGGCCACGGUCAUUGA